GGAUAUCAACUCUCUUCUUUUAUUACCCGGUCAUCGAACAGCCUCUUGUCUCGAGUUAGCUUUCAAUUUUGCCGUUUCGAGGAAAAAACCGGAAGUCUCGGAGAAAAUGGUGAUUCUCAGAUCAUUAUUGCGUUCUGUUCGCGCCAGAUCUUACGUCAUCGCCGGCGUCACGCACCGGAAUUUACUAAAGAGUCACCAUCUGGCUGCCCGAAGUUUCUUCUCUCUGUUGUCUCAUCGUUCUUCUUUCUCAGAUUUUCCGCUGAGAGUUUCUUCUGCAGAUUGUGGCUAUCUAUCUGGUGUAGCGCACGCUAGAUUUUUUAGUGUUGAUGUAGUUAAUAUGCCUACAAUUGGAGAUACCAAGCUUCAGAAUGCUUUCAAGGAUUUGAUGGCUGCAAGCUGGGAUAACCUUCCCGAGUCUGUUGUCUAUGAUGUAAAGGCAGCAUUAUCUGGAAGCACUGAAGACAAGGCUGGAAAGGAAAUUGUGGAAAAUGUUUUCAGAGCAGCUGAAGCGGCAGAGGAUUUUGGUGAUAUACUUAUCAACUUGAAAAUGGAAAUUGAUGAUAGCAUUGGUGUCAGUGGCGAGGAUGUUAAGCCUUUGUCUGAUGAGCUUAAGAAGGCACUACAAACAGUUUAUGAUCGCUAUACAGCCUACUUGGAUGCAUUUGGUCCCGAGGAAAACUAUCUGCGAAAGAAAGUUGAAACCGAGUUAGGAACUAAGAUGAUAUACUUGAAAAUGAGAUGCAGUGGCCUUGGAUCCGAGUGGGGAAAGAUUUCUGUGCUGGGAACCUCUGGUCUAUCAGGGUCAUAUGUCGAGCAAAGGGCAUAAAUUUGGCUUCGUUGAAAGUUUGGCUGUAGUUGCUAGCCUACUCUAGUUUGGGUGUUUGUUUUUCAAUUUUUACUGUCUGCUUCUCUCAAAUCCAAAAAAUUGUGGAUUUAAUGGCAAUUGAAUAAGAUCUCACAUUGACAAAUGAGUUCUCAGAAUUUAACUUCCUUGCAUGUUUGUCAA